GUUUUCCUUGUUUCCUCCGCCCAACAGACGGAGGAGGUGUUUGUAACAUGGCUGCCCCUGCGCUCUCUAGUCGGGCUGGGUCGGUGGGGAGCCUCGGCAGCAGCCCCACGGCUACCCCCGGUUCCUCCAACAACAACAACAAGAGCCUGCAAGCCUGCCCAGAGCUAGACUUCAGGUCCGGGUCCCGGGUGGACGAGCUAAACCGCCUCAUCCAGGAGUUUAGCAAACAUGACCAGCGUGAGUAUGACGACCAGCGGGCUCUGGAGAUACACACGGCCAAGGACUUCAUCUUCUCCAUGCUUGGCAUGGUUCAGAAGUUGGACCAGAAGUUGCCUGUGGCCAACGAGUACCUGCUGCUGUCCGGAGGGGUCCGGGAGGGCGUGGUGGACAUGGACCUGGACGACCUGAGUGUCUACGCCCGGGGAACGGACUAUGACAUGGACUUCACCCUGCUGGUACCGGCGCUCAAACUCCACGACCGGAACCAGCCGGUGACGCUGGACAUGCGGCACUCGGCGCUGUGCCACUCCUGGCUGAGCCUUCGUCUGUUCGACGAGGGCACCAUCGCCAGGUGGAAGGACUGCUGCACCGUGGUGGACCACAUCAACGGAGCCACCAACUUCUUCUUCUCGCCCACGCUGGUGGCCGACUGGUUCUACCAGUCCAUCUCGCUGGUGCUGCUGGAGGUGCAGAAGAAGCCUCAGAGGGGCAUGCCGCGGGUGGAGAAGGUGGAGCGCAACGGCACCAUCAUCUCCGUCAUCCUGGGCGUGGGCAGCAGCCGCAUGCUCUACGACAUCGUGCCGGUGGUCUCCUUCAAGGGCUGGCCGGCCGUGGCCCAGAGCUGGCUCAUGGAGAACCACUUCUGGGACGGAAAGAUCACUGAGGAGGAGGUGAUCAGUGGCUUCUACCUGCUGCCCGCCUCCUCCUUCAAGGGCCGCAAGGAGAACGAGUGGAGGCUGUCGUUCGCCCGCAGCGAGGUGCAGCUGAAGAAGUGCAUCUCGUCCAGCCUGAUGCAGGCGUACCAGGCCUGCAAGGCGCUGAUCAUCCAGCUGCUGUCGCGGCCUAAGGCGGUCAGCCCCUACCUGCUGCGCAGCCUCAUGCUGUGGGCCUGCGACCGCCUGCCCGCCCCCUACCUCUCGCAGGAAGACUUCUCGGCCCACUUCCUGUUGGGGCUGAUCGACGACCUGCAGCACUGCCUGCUCAACAAGAUGUGCCCCAACUACUUCAUCCCACAAUGCAACAUGCUGGAGCACCUCUCGGACGAGGCGGCCAUGCUGCACGCACGCAAGCUGUCGUCGGUGCGCUCCGACCCGGCCGAGCACCUGCGCUCCACCAUCGAGCACGCCAAGGCCGCGAACCGCCUCAGCUCGGAGCUGCAGUGGCGCGGCGGGGGCAGCAACCCGCCCUCGCCGCAGUCGGACGCCGGCGGGGAGAGCCAGCCCGAUGACCGGCUGGCCAAGAAGCUCCAGCAGCUGGUCACGGAGAACCCGGGGAAGUCCAUCUCCGUCUUCAUCAACCCCGACGACGUCACCAGGCCUCACUUCCGCAUCGACGACAAGUUCUUCUAAGAACACGCGUUUCCACAACUCCCGUCCUCUUCUUCUCCUCUCCUUCUCCUCCUAGUGGCCUCUCCUCUAACUGGAUGGAUAUUUUUUUAUCUUUAUUUUUUCACCAAGUGACGUUACAUGAUUGUUUUCCUUCUUUCCUUCCCUUGUCUUCUGUGAUCUAAGGUUCCUAUGGGCCUUUACUGACUGGAUGCUCAGCUUUGAAGCUGAAGGGUAAAAAUAAAACUGUGUUUGUCAUCGUCCAAUCAGCGAGCUGGUUCCAGACACUAAGAUGGCAGCUCAACAGGGCUUUUUUCCCCACAAUGCUUUUAACUUCAAAUGUGAAAUGUCCUGUGUUCCGAGUCUUAGAAGAUACCCACAGUCUCUAACUAACCAAAACUGUUCAGAAUCAUUCAUGUCCCACUAACGGAUCCUAAAUAUGUUUGAGUCCAGAUUGGUGCUGGGUUAUAUUAGAGCUAAAUGUAGCGCUAAAUUAGCGCACCGGUGAGUUUCAGGUGAACUUGCCUCCCAUUGGAAUGUCUUACUGCUGAAAAUAAGUACAGGUCAAUAGAUAUGGCCUGACCAAGGCCCCCUUGCCAGGUUGGUCGAUCGGUAGCUCACCCCUAGAUAAAUAGCUAGACAGCUGGGUAGCUAGGAAGCACAUGUAAAUAUGGACUGACCAAGGGGUGAAGGCUAGGUAGCUGGGAACCACAUGUAAAUAUGGACUGACCAAGGGGUGAAGGCUAUAGGUAGCUAGGAACCACAUGUAAAUAUGGACUGGUGAAGGGGUGAGGGCUAGGUAGCUUGGAUCCACCUGGAAAUAUGGACUGAUGAAGGGGUGAGGGCUAGUUAGCUAAGUCGUUACACUGCUAGGUAGAAAACUGACAGUGUUGAUUUAUUCUUAUUUUGCACAGAAUGUAAAAAAAUUCUUUAUCAUGAAUACCUCGCUCUUAUGAAGAGGAUUGUGUGUCAGUCUGAUGACUAGUAACACUGAACCUGGCCGUCGACAGGUUCUCAAUGUGGUACCAAGUGAUACUACUACUUUUAAAGGUACAGGAUGCAGUAGAACCCAGAGUAGGGACACCUGCACUAAGAGUAUGGUUAGCUCCUCCAAGCUAACUGGCAUCUUCUCUAAUGGAUGCUGUUGUCGUGUUUACACACUCCCUCCGUCCAACUGCUUCUAGAAUGAAGUGACCAUGAGACCGUAACCAUGGCUACUACUAUCAGGGUUGGAUGGGACUUCCUUCACUCCGUUUAUUUUGUAUCGUGCACUGCACCCUCCCGAAGUGCAAUUAGUCACACCCUCCUUGUCACACGCUCACCUCUACAUGUCGAACUCCUCUUGUCUCUGUUGAAAACUUGUCUGGAUUUUGUUCUUGUUGUUGUUUAGACUUCACGUGUCCACGUGAAGCUAGUUCUCGUGCGAUAGAUCUGGGGAGGGCUCUUCACCUUAGGCACCCUUAGUGGAGGAAGCCUCCGAGGAAGAACCCCUCACUGGGCACCCAAACAUAAACAUCUCCAACUUAUACUCACACUUAACCAUCUCUCACUCCCAACAUAUCUAAACAUAACCAUGUCUAAUGCUGUAAAUGUCCUGUCAUUUCACUUCUUACUACCUAAAUGUAAUCGAACCGUAACCAUAGUUUGCCCUUUGAUUUCCACCCACCCGGGGGAGACUAAAGGCAUGUCUCGGGUGGCCACUGCCGUUUGGACACUGGCGCUGGCUAGUGGACAAUGGCGAGUGGACACUAGGACUGGCUAGCUUAAUGCUAGGGGUUAGCUCCACUGAUACGGUAUACUGUUGUAAAUAGCACUGGAAGAGUGUCACACUGCAGAAACUUGACUAAUAAAGACAUUUGAACCAUG